UGACAAGGAUUGUAGUUAAUAGCUGUCAUUAGCAUUUUCUGAAAGGAGACAACUACAGCAACAGCUAGUUGUAUUUAUAUAUAGCAACAAUACACAUCUCAGAAUAAAUUUUUCUACCAACGCAACGAUAAGGACAGUGGAUUUUCUCACACUCAGAAUCUUCCACCCCUUGAGUCUGAAGAUGGAGGAAGAUCAUGUUCACUGUAGGUCCUGCUUCAAUCAGAGAUGCAACUUCAGAACUCAACCAGACAUUUCUUGUGAUAUUAUGACCUGUCCUUUAGUGUGUGGGGCUGUAUUUCACUCCUGCAAAGUUGUUGAGCACCACCUUAUGUGCCCACUGAUGAGGGUCCCCUGCCUAAACAGAGACUAUGGCUGCCCCGCCAACCUGGUGCGUAACCAAAUGUAUGCUCACCUCGAUGUGUGUCCAGCAGGAGUGGUGUGCUGCACUAUGGAGUGGAACAGAUGGCCCGUUAGCUGCCUGGACUACACUUCCUAUGAAAGCCUGAGCCGUGGAGUGGAGGAGGUGGAGCAGCUAGACAUGGCACUUGCUCUUCAGGACCAGCGUACACUACUCGAGUCCCUCAAAGUGAUUGCCAUGUCACCCACUGCAGAAGGAGAGCCGUUUCUCCUUGUUAGUAAGGAAAACAGGGAAACGGACUCAUCUUCGCCUACAUCUGCCCCUGAGGCCUCCACCGUUAUUGAUACAGCUUCACACUCAUCAUCCUCACACCAGCCACAACCUCCCCCGUCAGUUUUGGCAAAGGAGAGAAUUGCCAGUGGAAUUAAUGGCUUGAAUGAGGAGCACUUCGGUAAACUCUACGAGGCCACAGUGGAGACGGCAAGAAGCUUAGCUGCUGCUUUGGACUUUGUUAGCAAUGCCAACUCUGUUGACAGCAGCACAGAGUGUGUGAACAGUGGAGCUGUUACUCCGAUGAGUACAUUGAGCGACAAUGGAGACCCUAAGAAUGAACUAGAAAUCAAAACACCAGUAGCCACUGAUGGUUUAAAUAAAAAAGACAUGGAGGUACAAAGUGUCUGUUCUAGCUGUUUGAUAGGAAAUGGGGCUCUCAACGGAACAGAUCCAAAGAUUUUAAAACCUGCAAAUGGACGACUGUCGGGAGCAAUGGAGGCCUUUCCUGUUGAGGUUCAAGAAGACAUGAACGCUGGGGUUUCUCAGGAGCCCGUCACCCCUCAGAUGGCAUCUCCGGGGGAUGUCAGACAGGGAGUGGCACAGAGCGCUGGUCAUGUGUUGCUUGAAGACAGGGGGCUAGCUCUUUUAGAAAACCAUGGGCAUGAUCGUAAAUUUCACAACUACAAUUUUUUUAGGGGCCAAUGUUCAUUACCUAAUGGACGGAAAGGUUACUUCCCAGACAGGUCACUGUAUAGAUUGCGACCGAAAAUGGAGGACAAGGCAGUAGAUACCUCAGAUUUGGAGCAGGAUGAAGACCCCAUGGGUCUGGGAGAAAUCGAUCUUAUCACAGCAGCGCUGUUCUUUUGUUUAGAGGAGUCCAGAGAGUGUAGAAGGAUCUCUGACAAAGUCUAUGUUGAUGGCUACCGUGUUGACUUUGGCACACAGACUUUCACUUUCCCUGCAGCCAUCUUGGUUACCAACACUAGAGUGGGGGACAUAGCUUCUGCAUCUGCCUGUGACCAUGCGGCCCCCCAGCUUUCCUACCCCAGCCCUUUCCGCACUCUCCGCCUCUGCCUUGUCUUGGAAGCUCUGGAGGUCGAGGCAGUCCCACAUAACCGCUACCUCCCUCCUAACCCUCGCUACCAGCAUAUGUUCCCUUUCGUCUGUGGUCAGUCAUUGCGCAGGGACCAGUUUUCUUCCCAUUUCAUAAAUGUCCAUGGUGACAUUCACGCUGGUCUCAAUGGUUGGAUGGAGCACCGCUGCCCGCUGGCAUACUAUGGCUGCACAUUCUCUCAGCGAAGGUUUUACCCAUCCACCCAGGGGGCCAAAGUGGUUCAUGACAGGCACCUCAGGUCCUUUGGGGUUCAGCCUUGCCCAGGGGCUCAACUUCCUGUUGAUUUCCAGUCGGACCAACUUAGUGGGCUUCCCAGUGAGAUAUUGUGGCAUAUAGCUGGGUUCCUGGACAGUUUCAGCCUGUGCCAGCUGUCUCUGGUGUCACGGACUAUGAGGGAGGUGUGUGCCAGCCUCCUCCAGAUAAGAGGCAUAGUGGAGCUGCAAUGGGAGCGAAGACGUUGCCCUGGUACCCCUGGCAAUGUAUCAUGGCAAAUAAAAAAUAGAGUGUGGAGAUUCAGCACUGCCUUCAGCCCGGUGUCAUCAUGGGGUUUCAAUGAUCUCCCCAGCAUGUCGAACCAUCUCAAGAAGUGUCACUUCAACACAGCAGAGCACAAGACGGAGCCCGUUCCCCUUCCUGCCAUGUGCACUGCACGAGAUGGACAGUCGCUGCGCCGCGUCCUGCGUCACAUUAACACCUGACUCAACGCGGCUCGCCUCUUGCUUCUGCACGGGAGUCACUGUGGGAAUAUGUGGAUGUUGCAAUAAUAGAUUUUCUGUCAUUAAAACAAAUAACUCUACCUGUAAUUCACUUAUGAGGAAGCCUUGAAUAAAUCACACCAUGCUUUUCACAAUGAAGGUCUGUGUUUGUGGGUGUCCCUAUGACGAGGAUUUGUGCUAAAAGUUCCACUUUAUUCUGGUUAGAUGAAAAUAUUUUUUUUUUUGAAGACAAAUAUGCACAAUAGAUUGAUAUGAUUCUAUAAGAUAUACUGUAUAACUGUUUGCCUUUGAGUAGUAGCCAUUGGGGAAAAGCAGAUUGUUGGUUAUGUUGCAUUAUCUCUGUGUUACAGAAGCUUUGCCAGUACUUUACACAAGAUUAGCUAAUCCUUUCUUUGUUGAUGUGACCAUAAAUGUUCAGUCUUUCUGAUCCCUAUAGCGGGUGUCAACCCAAGGUGUGUCAGGACAUAAGUCAAAACAGAUGGAUAUUAAUGUGAGGACAGCCUGACAACGCAUGUGAUUUACUACCAUUUAAUAAAGUCUUUAUAGCCUU